CUCACGCUGCUUUCAAUUGAUUUUUGGACCGUGAAAAAUAUAACAGGCCGCCUUCUUGUCGGACUUCGGUGGUGGAAUUUUGUGGAUGCCGAAGGAAAUAAUCACUGGCGAUACGAAUCAGCCAAGCAGGACAUGUCGCGUUUUGAUCCACUUGAACGACGAGUUUUUUGGGGCGCAUUGGUCGCAGCUCCGGCAAUGUGGGCAGUUUUGGUGUGCGUUGCAUUUGUGACGCUGAAAUGGGAAUGGAUGGUGAUUGCUUUAAUGGGUUUAGCAAUGAAUGGAGCUAACUUGUAUGGUUAUGUACGCUGCAAGUGGGGCAGUACCAAUGAAUUCACGAAUUAUUUGUCCAAAAUGGCAUUCCUUUCGGUUGGUCCAUCUCUUCAAUGA